CUUCUCUUUUUACUAUUUGGGUCUCUCUCUCUCAAUAUUGUACAGACGAAAAAUGUCACGAAGAGCAUGCAAACGAGUAAGUUUUUGUCCGAACCUAGAAGCCACAGAGGAACCAAUAUUCUCAAAACAUCACGACCGGAGAAAGGUGGUCCUGAUCGGCUUUCUCAGCUGCGGUCUAAGGAGCUCGCCUGCCGCGAGGAAGCUGAUGCAACGUAUCGGAGCUAGCUUCGCCAGAACACUGCGUUCUAUGUCCUUCGGGAGGAAUAAGACUGACAAAACGUCGUCCUCGUUCUUGCUGUCUUCGUCCUCUGCUUCUUCUUCGUCUUCUAUUCAUAUGAAAAGGUCAAAGUCUCUAGCUGAGUCCGAGUCUCACCGAGCAGAAGCUAUUGAAGACUGCAUUCAGUUCUUGAACUCUUCUUUUUCUCUGACCAGAUCAAACUCUGUCCCAACGUGGACUUCUUGAUCUGAACCGGUUCGGAUUCAGGGUCGGUCAUUUUUAUGCUGUUUAAUUGUUAGAGAGAGUUUAGAAUUGAGAAUUGUGCAUUGUACAGGUGUGUUUUAUUUAUUUGUGUCUUUACAA